AACUCAAGCAAACGAGCUGUGCUGUGCAGUGCACCUCUCAUCACUGCCUGAACAUUAAAAACGCAACAAUUUUGCUCUCUUAUGAGGAUUUCAGUCGAAGAUGAGAGUAUCAAUAUUCUUAUUUUUUAGAUACGUUUCCAUGUUCUCAUUUUUAGGUGAACAUUCGGUCAGUUUUAUUGAGUGAGGUAGACGUAGGAUUCGUUUGUCCGAGUCACCUGUUGGACUGGGUUUGCAGGUAAAACAGGUACAGGUGAGAAAUUGAACAAACUAAGUUUCAAAACAGCCGUUAUGAUUCCCGUAUGUCCUCGCACUGCCGAGUCCAGUCGAAUUCGGUGUGAAUCGGGUCAGAACCGCAACGGGUUACUGCGCGAGAUUAGAACCGCCAUCAGGCGCGAGCCGUUCACUGAAUACUAUGACAUCAUCCCGUGCAAAGAGCUGGGCAGGGGGAAGUUUGCCGUGGUCAGAAAAUGUGUGGAGAAAAGCACAGGAAAAGAAUAUGCAGCUAAGUACAUGAGGAAGAGGAGAAAGGGUCAAGACUGUAGAACAGAAACCAUUCACGAGCUCGCUGUGCUGGAGCUGGCAGCUGCCUCUCCGAGAGUGGUCAACCUCCAUGAGGUCUAUGAGAUGACCAGUGAGAUGGUACUGGUUUUGGAAUAUGCCGCAGGAGGGGAGAUUUUUAACCAGUGUGUGGCUGAGAGGGACGAUGCCUUUAAAGAAGAGGAUGUGAAGAGACUGAUGAGACAGAUUCUGGAGGGUGUGGCUUUCCUUCACAAGUGCAACGUGGUACACCUGGAUCUCAAACCUCAGAAUAUCCUUCUCACCAGCGAAUCUCCUCUCGGGGACAUAAAGAUCGUGGAUUUUGGCCUGUCGAGGUUGGUAAGCAGCAGCCAGGAGAUCCGAGAGAUCAUGGGCACACCUGAGUAUGUGGCACCAGAAGUCCUGAAUUAUGAGCCAAUUAGCACAGCCACUGAUAUGUGGAGUAUUGGUGUCCUCACAUAUGUGAUGCUGACGGGCAUCUCUCCGUUUCUGGGGGAUGAUAAGCAGGAGACCUUCCUCAACAUCUCACAGAUCAACAUCAGCUACACUGAGGAAGAGUUGGAGCACCUGGACCGAGCAGCCAUCCACUUCAUAAAGUCCCUGCUCAUCAAAGAGCCAGAGAAUCGUUUUACUGCAGAAGACUGCCUCAAACACCCGUGGCUUCAGAUGAAAGCGGAAGAAAUAAAGGAGGAGAGCACUGAAAGUGUCUCAGAGCCUGUCAGCCCCGGGACCUCUAGCCACGAUGAAGAAGCGGAUGAGGAGGAGAGCGCUCAGGUGACGGAGGAGCUCAUCGUAAUGGCAGCCUACACCCUGGGUCAGUGCCGACAGUCCUCUGAUAAAGAGAGUCUGACCCCUGACCAGAAGGCCAUCUCUAAACGCUUCAAGUUUGAGGAACCUUUCUCAUCCCUGCAAGAAGUUCCUGGAGAAUUUAUCUACUGAUUCCAGCCCAGCCAGAUAGCUGCUACACUCCCAACUAAUGCCGCACUUCAGACAAGAAUCCUUGUAUUUGUCUUUUAUUUUCACUCACCUUAUGAUUUGAACUUGUAAGCCAAACGAUUUUUUGUCUUGUUUUGUCGCGCUGGUUGCUUUUGUUUCUUUUCUGUAAUGUUUGUGCUGCUUUAUAUUUACAUGGUUAAGUAUGGAAGACUAAGCCUUGAUGUGACACUCGCUUUUUUAUUUCCUUUAGGUGCCAUGCUUAAGUAUUUGACUAUAUGGGUAAUAAAUUAAACUGUUAUUUUUGUUCUUCUGUUGAUGAUCAUUCUUUUGUUUUCAUCUGGAUGUGUUUGAUGCCAUCUUUGUACAAAUGAAUGUUGUUGUUUUUCUGGGGUGAGGGCAAAUAGAACUUAACUAUAAAAGUUUAAAAAGCCAUUUUCUAUGUUCAGCUUCUGACCCUUUAAGGUCUUUCCUGGAUAUAAACUUUCACAGCAAUAACACAUGUAUGAAGAUGUCUUUCUGUGUGUGUUUUUUUUAACUCGUGUUAGAGUUAUAACUGUAAAUUGAUUUGUCACUAUAAAGAAUAUUUUUAAUGGCAACGUAUUUCAAAGUGACUGUCUUGAUGCUGUAAAUAAAAGUUUGUCUUGACA